CUCCGCCUUCUUAGCGUCUUCUCAGAUAAAGAUGCAGGACAUGGGUGAGAAGCGGCUAGGGGAGAAAGCUCAGACGUGCCUUCUCUCGGAACUGUAGCCUAUGCCGAUCGGGGUGGAGGUCAAAGAAACGCCGGAGGCCCGCAAGCACUCAGCUUUCGUUUGCUUUGCUUUUCUGCGCUCGAUUGCAUAGCCUGAAGUGCCUGGGCUUGGAGGUGGGGGGUGUGGACGGUGGCUCCCAUUUCUGCGGCGAGUUGUGGGGCUAGGAAGAUUCAGGCUUGUCGCCGGCAGAGGGCGCUGACGCCGCUCCUCGUCGGCCUCCGUCCUUGGCCGGGGCCUGCUCCGAGUUCAGCGCAGAUCCUAAGAUGGUGGCCCUGGGCCCGCGCCGCACGCUGCGGGCCCUCCUGAAGGAACUGCGGUACUUGAGCGCAGCCACAGGCCGGCCCUAUAGGGAUACGGCAGCCUAUCGGUACCUCGUGGAGGCCUUCCGGGCGCACCGGGUCACCAGUGAGAAGCUCUGCAGAGCUCAACAUGAGUUACACUUCCAAGCUGCUACAUACCUUUGUCUCCUUCAAAGUACUCGGAACCAUGUGGCCCUUCACCAGGAGUUUCACAGCAAGGGUGAGCGUUCCGUGGAAGAGGCUGCUGGUGCAGUGGGUCUCAAGUUGCCUCAACAGCCUGGAGGGAAGGGCUGGGAGUCUUGAGAAUGGAAAGAUUCACUGGAUGCUGCUUUCUUACAAGACCUUAACAAUUAUCUCUGAUUUUCAACUUGUAUUGAUGAUUAAAUUUAAAAAUAGUUGUUCACAAAAAUUAGUUAUAUGUAGUUUUAUUUUCUGAAUGAUUCUCAGAUCACUGGGAAGUUUUCUAUUCCAUUAUCAAUCAAUGAAUGUUCUACUCUUA